AUGACACAAAUCUUGACGUCGCGGCAGGCCGAGGAGCUACACAAGUCGAUCAUAGCCUACCUCUCAUCCCAAAAUCUCACAAGCAGUGCCGCGGCGUUGAGGGAAGAACUGAGCAUUGGGGAUACCUUCGAUGCUGCGACCAGCAAGAAAUACGAGGGCCUCUUGGAGAAAAAAUGGACAAGUGUCGUUCGGUUGCAAAAGAAGAUAAUGGAUCUGGAGUCAAGAAAUGUGUCGCUGCAAACCGAGAUUGAUUCUGCGACGCCGACCUCACUUUCAAGAAGGAACCAAGAUCCCAAGCAAUGGCUUCCUCGAUCUCCCGCAAGGCACACACUCCAAUCGCAUAGAGAGCCGGUUACCUGCGUUGCGUUCCAUCCCAUAUUUUCUUCGCUCGCUUCGGGCUCCGAAGACAGCACGAUCAAAAUAUGGGACUGGGAGUUGGGAGAGUUGGAAAGGACAGUGAAGGGGCAUACAAAAGCAGUGCACGAUGUGGAUUUUGGAGGACCCAGAGGGUCCACAUUACUGGCGUCCUGCUCGAGCGAUCUCACUAUCAAACUUUGGGACCCUAGCGACGAGUACAAGAACAUAAGAACGUUACCAGGACACGACCAUACAGUCUCAGCGGUACGGUUCAUACCUAGUGGUGCUGCUGGAUCUCCAUCCUCAGGAAAUCUGCUAGUUUCAGCAAGCAGAGAUACGACACUACGGAUAUGGGACGUCUCAACGGGCUAUUGUGUAAAGACGAUUCGAGGCCACGCCGACUGGGUUCGAGAUGUUUCUCCGUCAUUCGAUGGACGAUUCAUAUUGUCAACAGGGAAAGAUCAAACAGCAAGGAUUUGGGAUGCUUCUUCUGGCGAGCCGAAAGCAACGUUACUGGGUCAUGACCACGUCGUCGAAUGUUGUGUAUUUGCACCCCCGGCUAGUUACCCCAACCUUGCGAAGCUAGCAGGACUGAAUAAACCACCUCCUGCAAGCAGUUCGGCCGAGUUCGUGGCGACAGGAUCCAGAGACAAGAGCAUACGGAUUUGGGAUUCUCGAGGAACGUUGAUCAAGACCCUCAUCGGACACGACAAUUGGGUACGAGGUAUUGUUUUUCAUCCGGGGGGCAGAUACUUACUCAGCGUCGCCGAUGACAAGACCUUGAAAUGCUGGGAUCUCGAACAAGAAGGGAAGAUGGUCAAGUCGCUAGACGAAGCGCAUGGGCAUUUCGUCAGCUGCAUUCGCUGGGCACCAGGCGCAGUGAAAGAAGCUCCAGCUACCAACGGAGUGAAUGGAACGCCGAACGGAGCAUUUAAGAAGGACGAGCCAGCAAACGUCAGCAUAAAGUGCGUGAUCGCGACUGGGAGUGUAGAUUUGAACGUUCGGGUCUUUGCAUCGUGA